CCCAUAGCCGUUGCGGCGACUCUUCGGCGCAACUUCCGUUCCCUCUUUUACCAAUCCUUCCCCUCCAUUGAUCGCUAAGACACUGGCCACGGUGCCAGUGCGCUAUCAACGCUAUGGUAUCCUCAUUUUGUUGGAGUUGCCUGACGCGGCUUCCAACUGCGUCCCCUCGGGCGAUGCUUCCGCCGACCUUGACACCACAGCGAGUCGCGGCGUUCCAUACGUCGAGUACACUUUUGGCAUCGCCAUUGAAGAAGAAGAGUACGGGAAAUGUGGCUGCUCCGAGAUAUCGUCAAGCGAAUUCGGCCAGGAUGAAGAAGAAGGGCAAGGCUGUUGAGAGAGCGCGCCCUCCUCCCGCCGGAGAGCGGAGAGCGCUCCGGAAACGCAUCGUCCUCAGCAACCCUAACGCCCUCGAAGUUGAGGAUAUGCAGGAUAUCUCCGCAGAGAAUAUGGUGGACUCUCGUCUUCAUGGAGCCGUUCUCGGCUUGCCCGUGCCUAUGCUCGAUCAAUUGAGAGCGGUUCAGGCUUUCAAGCCCAAGCAAGGCUGGUCCAUAUUCCGCCGGCCUGGCACGGUGAUGAGACGGGAAUCCCUCGAACUUGGUCGAUUGAUCGAUAGUAUCUCCAACAAUCCAGAGGACAAGGGCAAGGUUGUCAAGAGAGUCCUUACUGGUGCGAAAGGUACCGGAAAGACCGUUCACCUCCUUCAGGCUAUGGCGAUGGCCUUCACCAAGGAAUGGGUCGUUAUCACCGUUCCUGAAUGCCAGGACUUGGUUUUGGCUAACACUAGCUACGCACCUCUUUCGGAUAAAACCCCCAAUGUAUACGUUCAAAAUGAAGCCACCGCCGCUCUACUGAACCGCACCGUGACGGCCAAUCAGAAAGUCCUGUCAACACUGAAGGUUUCUCGUGAACACCCUGCGCUCAAGUCUCUCGUGGCGCGCGACAUGACACUCCAGGAUCUUGCCAACAUUGGUAUUCAAGAUCCUGCCGCCGCCUGGGCCGUCUUCCAGGCCCUCUGGACCGAACUCGCAGCUACGUCCGCUGCACCUGGCUUCGAGGCCGGCUUCUCACCUCGUCCUCCUAUGCUAGUCGCCGUCGACGGCAUUGGCCACUGGAUGAAGGAGACAAAGUACCGCAGCGCCAAGUUUGAGCCCGUCCAUGCUCACGACCUUGUAUUUGUUCAGCACUUCCUCUCUCUGCUGAAACCCGGCAACAACCAGCAGUCCGCUCUGCCCAACGGUGGUAUCCUGCUCUACGCCACCUCCGGCUCCAACAGCCCGUCCGUCUACAGCCUUGAUGUGGCUCUCAAGCAGGUGGCCGCUCGCCGCCAGGGUGUCACCCCCUCCAGUUCCAAUUUCCCUCAGCCCGCCGCCUACAGCAAGAUUGACCAGCGCGUGUUUGCCGCUCUUGACGCUCCCGCAUCCUCUAUUCCUACGGAGGGUGCUCUGGAGCUUCAGACCAUGGCCGGUGUCUCCCGCGAUGAAGCCCGGGGCUUCAUGGAGUACUUUGCGCGUAGCGGUCUCCUGCGACAGCACGUCACCGAAGAAUGGGUCAAUGAAAAGUGGACUCUGGCUGGUGGCGGUGUGAUCGGUGAGCUUGAGAUGUUGGGAAGACGGCUUACCGUGCCUGCCCAGGUUGAGUAAACAAGUAGCAGGCAGAGGAGCUUGAGGCGAUUGGUGUUCAUCGCUUCCCUUCGAUACUCACUCGUUACAGGGAAAUAUUAUCAUAGAGUGCGAUGUAUGUAUAAUGUAAAGCUCAUGUUGGCUUUUCUUCUUUCCUUGUGCUCACAUCCGAUGGCUUCUUGAUGAUGUCGAGAGAUCAGCUCUUUUCGCCCUCAUCCAUGGGCUAUUUGUUGCUGUGUGUGUCCUGUAUUUUAUAUGAUUGGGUUUUACUCGUGCGUGUGGCUUUUCUCUUGUGUGCAUAUAAUGGGAUUUCAUAUGAAAAAAAAGUAUACC